AUGGUGGAUUUACAAGAUUACCUGUGGAUGGUGAUCCUCGGCUUUGUCAUAGCCUUCAUCCUGGCCUUCUCUGUGGGGGCCAACGACGUGGCCAACUCGUUCGGGACGGCGGUGGGGUCGGGGGUGGUGACCCUGAGGCAGGCCUGUAUCCUGGCGUCCAUCUUUGAGACGUUGGGUUCCAUGCUGCUUGGAGCCAAGGUGGGGGAGACCAUACGGAAGGGCAUCAUAGACGUCAACCUAUACAACGAGACUGUGCCCGUACUUAUGGCAGGGGAGGUCAGCGCCAUGGUCGGUACGUAUAUACCGUCGUCUUCAAGUAUCGGCCGUGUCUUAUAAUGUUACUAGAUGUCAAAUUCUUGCUUCCGCCGUCUGUGUUUCCUGAAUUCCUCACUAAGUGCAGGUCUGAGGGAGGGACCGUGGAUCCUCUCCUCCAAUGAGCUUUUGAGAGAAAUUGAGGCAACAAGGACGUAGGAAGCAAGGAUUUGACGGCUAGUGACCAAUGUUUUCAGUCAUAGCCUGUGAUUUUAAUUCUCAUGGAAGGUCCAUUUUUCAUAGCUUGUACGACCUCUCUCUCUCUCUCUUUUCACAGGUUCAGCGAUUUGGCAGCUCAUCGCCUCGUUCCUCAAACUACCCAUCUCCGGGACGCAUUGCAUCGUGGGAUCGACCAUCGGGUUCUCCAUGGUGGCCAUUGGCACCAAGGGUGUCCAGUGGAUGCAGCUGGUCAAGAUUGGUAUGUCAAUGAAUACGUCACCCAGCAUGUUCUGAAGUAGGGUUUACUAUCUAGGACUACAUUAACCAGCCUGAAGCUGGUCAAGAUUGGUCAUUGUUUGUUUAUAAGGAUCUCUUUUAGCCCUCCAAGGGCUAGUCUUCCCAUGUCUGAGUAGGGCUGGGCGGUAUACUGUAUUAUAAACUGGGUGGUUCGAGCCUUGAAUGCUGAUUGGCUGACAGCUGUGGUAUAUCAUACCGUAUACUACGGGUAUGACAAAAUAUUUUAUUUUUACUGCUCUAAUUACAUUGGUAACCAGUUUACAAUAGCAAUAAAGGCACCUCGGGGGUUUGUGGUAUAUGGCCAAUAUACUCUGCGUUGUGUCGCGCCUAAGAACAGACUGGAAAUUGAGCUCAGGUGCAUCCUGUUUCCAUCGAUCAUCCUUGAGAUGUUUCUACAACUUGAUUGGAGUCCACCUGUGGUAAAUUCAAUUGAUUGGACAUGAUUUGGAAAGGCACAUACCUGUCUAUAUAAGGUCCCACAGUGCAUGUCAGAGCAAAAACCAAGCCAUGAGGUCGAAGGAAUUGUCCGUAGAGCUCCGAGACAGGAUUGUGUCGAGGCACAGAUCUGGGGAAGGGUACCAAAACAUUUCUGCAGCAUCGAAGGUCCCCAAGAACACAGUGGCCUCCAUCAUUCUUAAAUGGAAGAAGUUUGGAACCACCAAGACUCUUCCUAGAGCUGGCCGCCCGACCAAACUAAGCAAUCGUGGGAGAAGGGCCUUUGUCAGGGAGAUGACCAAGAACCCGACGGUCACUCUGACAGAGCUCCAGAGUUCCUCUGAGGAGGUGGGACAACCAUCUCUGCAGCACUCCACCAAUCAGGCCUUUAUGGUAGGUUGGCCAGACGGAAGCCACUACUCAGUAAAAAGCACAUGACAGCCCGCUUGGAGUUUGCCAAAAGGCACCUAAAGACUCUCAGACCAUGAGAAACAAGAUUCUGUGGUUUAUUGAGACCAUGCUGUGGGGAUGUUUUUCAGCGGCAGGGACUGGGAGACUAGUCAGGAUCGAGGGAAAGAUGAACGGAGCAAAGUACAGAGAUCCUUGAUGAAAACCUGCUCCAGAGCACUCAGGACCUCAGACUGGGGCGAAGGUUCACCUUCCAACAGGACAACGACCCUAAGCAUACAGCCAAGACAAAGCAGGAGUGGCUUCGGGACAAGUCUCUGAAUGUCCUUGGGUGGCCCAGCCAGAGCCGGGCUUGAACCCGAUCAAAUAUCUCUGGAGAGACCUGAAAAUAGCUGUGCAACGACGCUCCCCAUCCAACCUGACAGAGCUUGAGAGGAUCUGCAGAGAAGAAUGGGAGAAACUCCCCAAAUACAGGUGUGCCGCGCUUGUAGAGUCAUACCCAAGAAGACUCGAGGCUGUAAUCGCUGCCAAAGGUGCUUCAACAAAUUGCUGAGUAAAGGGUUUAAAUACUUAUGUAAAUGUGAUAUUUCCAGGGUUUUUAAAAUACAUUUGCAAACAUUUCUAAAAACCUGUUUUUGCUUUGUCAUUAUGGGGUAUUAUGUAUAGAUUGAUGAGGAGAAAAAACUAGUCAAAUGGCAAUUGCAAUAUUUGGUUAAAAAUAAGAGCUAAUUGGCCCAUACCGUGCAGCCCUACGUGGCAGUGUGGAAAUGAUCUCAAAUGAGAUCAACUUUUGGUUGAAGUUUGAUUGAACAGUAUGAAACAAUCAGAAUGGAGAAAGACCCACUAAAAUAAUUUAGAAUGUUGCCACCCUAGGGUCAUGCACAAAUCAUUUUAGAACCUUUAUUAUUCAAAAACAUAAAAUAUCGUCAGAAAUGUGAAAAAUAUUGUGAUAUUAUACUUUGGCCAUAUCAACCAGCCCUAUGACUGAGUCUUAAUAUGGAACCUAUGUAAGGUUGACUGUUUAUGACUACAUUACCCAGCGUGCUCUGGGAUAGGGUUGACUGUCUAUGACUUCAUUGCCCAGCCUUCUCUGUCUGCGGUCUAAUCCCAAAUGAGUAGUUAUUCAGGAUAUAAAAGGUGAUUUGUACAUCUUUCAGUCUGCUCAAGUUUGUGAUCAUUGACUGGCCUAUCACUACAUUACCCAGCCUGCCCCUCUCUUCCUCCCUCCAGUUGCAUCCUGGUUCAUCUCUCCCCUGCUGUCAGGACUGAUGUCAGGGUUCCUCUUCUUCCUCAUCAGACACUUCAUCCUCAGUAAGGUGGGUUACCAGUAAUCACAUUAUACACUACUAGCAGGUGUGUGUGUGUGUGUGUGUGUGUGUAGUACUGAUCUGUUUGUGUGUGUGUGUGUGUGUGUGCGUGUCUGUGCUGACCUGUUUGUGUGUAGCACUGAUCUGUGUGUGUGUGUUUUCAGGAUGACCCGGUCCCCAACGGCCUCCGAGCCCUGCCAGUGUUCUACGCCUCAACGAUAGGCAUCAACGCCUUCUCCAUCCUCUACACUGGCGCUCCAUGUAAGCACUGGGACUUAACCUAACCCUAACACUGGUGCUCCAUGUAAGCACUGGGACUUAACCUAACCCUAACACUUUACACUGGCGCUCCAUGUAAACACUGGGACUUAACCUAACCCUAACACUUUACACUGGCGCUCCAUGUAAACACUGGGACUUAACCUAACCCUAACACUGGCGCUCUAUGUAAACACUGGGACUUAACCUAACCCUAACACUGGUGCUCCAUGUAAGCACUGGGACUUAACCUAACCCUAACACUUUACACUGGCGCUCCAUGUAAACACUGGGACUUAACCUAACCCUAACACUGGCGCUCUAUGUAAACACUGGGACUUAACCUAACCCUAACACUGGCGCUCUAUGUAAACACUGGGACUUAACCUAACCCUAACACUGGCGCUCUAUGUAAACACUGGGACUUAACCUAACCCUAACACUGGCGCUCUAUGUAAACACUGGGACUUAACCUAACCCUAACACUGGCGCUCUAUGUAAACACUGGGACUUAACCUAACCCUAACACUGGCGCUCUAUGUAAACACUGGGACUUAACCUAACCCUAACACUGGCGCUCUAUGUAAACACUGGGACUUAACCUAACCCUAACACUGGCGCUCUAUGUAAACACUGGGACUUAACCUAACCCUAACACUUUACACUGGCGCUCUAUGUAAACACUGGGACUUAACCUAACCCUAACACUUUACACUGGCGCUCCAUGUAAACACUGGGACUUAACCUAACCCUAACACUUUACACUGGCGCUCCAUGUAAGCACUGGGACUUAACCUAACCCUAACACUGGCGCUCUAUGUAAACACUGGGACUUAACCUAACCCUAGCCCUAACACUUUACACUGGCGCUCCAUGUAAGCACUUCACCACUUUUUACCCACAUCUUUAUUUCUAGCACCAUACCAGUGUCUACAUAUGUGAAAACUGUGAUUUAUUUCAAUUGUGUGCUGGGCUAACCACUCUGUAUCAACGUGUGUGUGUCUGUCUGUCAGUGCUAGGUCUGGAGAUGUUACCGGUGUGGGCUAUAGCUCUGAUCACGCUGGCAGGGGCUCUGAUCUGUGCUGCCGUGGUCUGGUUCGCCGUCUGCCCCUGGAUGAGACGGAAGAUAAAAAGUAGGUCUCUCUCUCUCUCUCUCUCUCUCUCUCUGUCUCUCUCAAUUCAAUUUCAAUUCAAUUUCAAUUUAAGGGCUUUAUUGGCAUGGGAAACGUGUGUUAACAUUGCCAAAGCAAGUGAAGUAGAUAGCAAACAAAAGUGAAAUAAACAAUAAAUAUUAACAGUAAACAUUACACUCAGAAGUUUCAAAAGAAUGUCUGUCUCUCUCUGUCUCUGUCUGUCUCUCUGUCUCUGUGUCUCUCUCUCUCUGUCUGUCUCUCUGUCUCUGUCUGUCUGUCUGUCUCUCUGUCUGUCUGUGUCUCUUUCUCUGUCUCUUUGUCUCUUUGUCUCUCUCUGUCUCUCUCUCUCUCUCUCUGUCUGUGUCUCUUUCUCUCUCUGUCUGUGUCUAUUUCUCUCUCUUGUCUGGUCUCUUUCUGGUAUCUUUGUCUCUUUUCUCCUCUUUGUAUCUCUAUCUUCUCCUCUCUAUCUCUCUCUCUCAUCUCUAUUUGUAUGUCUCUUCUCUCGUCUGUCUCCUCUCUCUGUUCUUUGUCUCUCUCUCUCUCUCUCUAUGUCUCUCUCUCUUUGUCUCUCUCUCUCUCUCUCUCUCUCUCUCUCUGGUCUGUCUCUCUCUCUAUGUCUGGUCUCUCUUCUCUGGUCUCUCUUCUCUGUCUAUGUCUCUCUCUCUCUGUUCUCUGUUGUCGGGUCUCUCUCUGUCUCGUCUGUCCUCCUGUCUCUGUGUAUCUCUCUCUCUGUCUGUCUCUUCUGGGCUGCCUCUCUGUCAUGUGUCUCUUUUCGUCGUGUGUCGCUCUCUGCUCUUCUCUCUUAUCUAUCUCUCUAUGUAUGUGUUCUUUCUCUCUCUUCUGUGGUCUCUUAUCUGUCUCUUUGUCUCUUUCUAUCUCUUUGUCUCUAUCUCUCUCUCUCUAUCUCUCUCGUUGUCGUCUCCGCUCUCUGUUUUUUUUUUUUUUCCUUUUGUUUUUUUCUCUCUCUGUAUGUCUCUCUCCUUUGUCUGUCUCUCUCUCUCGGUCUCUCUGUCUGUCUGUUCUGUAUGGCUGUCCUGUCUGUGUCUGUCUGUCUUGUUGUCUGUCGUAUGUGUCUGUCUCUCUAGUCUCGGUUUGUCUAUCUGUCUCGGGGUCUUCUCUCUCUCUGUCUGGCUCUUGUAUGUAUGUCUUUUCUCUGUCUCUUUGCUCUGUUCUCUAUCUGUCUCUCUCUCUCUAUCUCUCGUCUGUGUCUAUUUCUGCUCUCUGUCUGUCUCUUUCUCUGUACUUUGUCUCUUUGCUCUCUUUUCUCUCCUCUCUCUGUCUCUAUCUCCUUUGUCUGGCUCUACUCUUGUCGUCUAUCUCUGUCUCGUGUCUCUCUCUGUCUCGUCUGUCGUCCUAUGUCGUGUCUCUCUCUCUCUGUCUCUGUCGCUCUCUCUGUCGCUCUCUCUGUCUGUCUCUCUCUGUCUCUCUCUCGUUCUGUCUGUCUCUUUCUGUCUCUCUCUCUUUCUCUCUGUCUCUGUCUGUCUGUCUCUCUGUCUCUGUCUCUCUCUCUCUCUCUGUCUCUCUCUCUCUGUCUCUGUCGCUCUCUCUGUCGCUCUCUCUGUCUGUCUCUCUCUGUCUCUCUCUCGUUCUGUCUGUCUCUUUCUGUCUCUCUCUCUUUCUCUCUGUCUCUUUCUGUCUCUCUCUCUGUCGCUCUCUCUCUCUGUCUGUCUGUCUCUCUCUCUCUCUGUCUGUCUGUCUCUGUCUCUCUCUCUCUCUGUCUGUCUGUCUGUCUCUCUCUCUCUCUCAAUUCAAUUCAAUUCAAUUUAAGGGGUUUAUUGGCAAGGGAAACGUGUGUUAACAUUGCCAAAGCAAGGGAAGUAGAUAGUAAACAAAAGUGAAAUAAACAAUAAAUAUUAACAGUAAACAUUACACUCAGAAGUUUCAAAAGAAUAAAGACAUUUCUGUCUCUCUCUCUCUCUCUCUCUCUCUGUGUCUCUGUCUCUUUGUCUCUCUCUGUCUCUUUGUCUCUGUCUGUCUGUCUCUCUCUCUCUGUCUCUCUCUGUCUCUCUCUCUCGCUGUCUCUCUCUCUUGCUGUCUCUCUGUUUCUGUCGCUCUCUGUCUGUCGCUCUCUGUCUCUGUCUGUCUGUCUGUCUCUCUCUCUGUCGCUCUCUGUCUCUCUCUCUCUCUGUCGUUCUCUCUCUCUGCCUGUCUCUGUCUCUCUCUGUCUAUGUGUCUCUGUCUGUCUCUGUCUCUUUCUCUCUGUCUCUCUCUCUGUCGUUCUCUCUCUCUGUCGCUCUCUGUCUGUCUCUGUCUCUGUCUCUUUGUCUCUGUCUCUUUUGUCUCUCUCUCUGUGUCUCUUCUGUCUCUCUCUCUGUGUCUCUCUCUGUGUCUCUCUCUGUGUCUCUCUCUGUGUCUCUCUCUGUGUCUCUCUCUGUGUCUCUCUCGCUGUCUGUCUCUGUCUCUGUCUCUGUCUCUGUCUCUGUCUCUGUCUCUUUCUCUUCUCUCUCUCUUUCUCUUUCUCUUUCUCUUCUCUUUCUCUCUCUCUCUCUCUCUCUCUCUCUCUCUCUCUCUCUCUCUCUCUCUCUCUCUCUCUCUGUGUCUCUGUGUCUCUGUGUCUCUGUGUCUCUGUGUCUCUGUGUCUCUCUGUGUCUCUGUCUCUCUGUCUCUCUGUCUCUCUGUCUCUCUGUCUCUCUGUCUCUCUGUCUCUGUUUCUCUUUGUCUGUCUCUCUCUCUGUCUCUCUGACAAAUUAGUGUAAUCAAGGUGACAGUGACACAUUCAAUACCGCCUUGCACACUCUUGCCUGCAUCUACAGUUGAAGUCGGAAGUUUACAUACACUUAGGUUGGAGUCAUUAAAACUUGUUUUUCAACCACUCCACAUAUUUCUUGUUAACAAACUAUAGUUUUGGCAUGUGGUUAGGACAUCUACUUUGUGCAUGACACAAGUAAUUUUUCCAACAAUUGUUUACAGACAGAUUAUUUCACUUAUAAUUCACUGUAUCACAAUUCCAGUGGGUCAGAAGUUUACAUACAAAAAGUUGACUGUGCCUUUAAACAGCUUGGAAAAUUCCAGAAAAUGAUUUCAUGGCUUUAGAAGCUUCUGGUAGGCUAAUCGACAUAAUUUGAGUCAAUUGGAGGUGUACCUGUGUGGAUGUAUUUCAAGGCCUACCUUCAAACUCAGUGCCUCUUUGCUUGACAUCAUGGGAAGAUCAAAAGAAAUCAGCCAAGACCUCAGAAAAAAAGUUGUGUACUGGUGUACUUCACAAAAUAAUGGCAUCAUGAGGAAGGAAAAUUAUGUGGAUAUAUUGAAGCAACAUCUCAAGACAUCAGUCAGGAAGUUAAAGCUUGGUCGCAAAUGGGUCUUCCAAAUGGACAUUGACCCCAAGCAUACUUCCAAAGUUGUGGCAAAAUGGCUUAAGGACAACAAAGUCAAGGUAUUGGAAUGGCAAUCACAAAGCCCUGACCUCAAUCCUAUAGAACAUUUGUGGGCAGAACAGAAAAAGCAUGUGCGAGCAAGGAGGCCUACAAACCUGACUCCGUUACACCAGCUCUGUCAGGAGGAAUGGGCCAAAAUUCACCCAACUUUUUGUGGGAAGCUUGUGCAAGCCUACCUGAAACGUUUGACCCAAGUUAAACAAUUUAAAAGCAAUGCUACCAAAUACUAAUUGAGUGUAUGUAAACUUCUGACCCACUGGGAAUGUGAUGAAAUAAAUAAAAGCUGAAAUAAAUCAUUCUCUACUAUUAUUCUGACAUUUCACAUUCUUAAAAUAAAGUGGUGCUCCUAACUGACCUAAGACAGGGAGUUUUUACUAGGAUUAAAUGUCAGGAAUUGUGAAAAACUGAGUUUAAAUGUAUCUGGCUAAAGUGUAUGUAAACUUCCGACUUCAACUGUAGCUGAUCUGGGGGUGUAAUCAUCAGUCCAACAGCUGCAAAACGUUCUGUUUUGCAACUAAAACAUGUUUCUAUUGGAGAAAUUCAGGUAGGUCCCUCUCCGUUUCGUUCCGUUUGCUUCCGUUUUAAGGAAACGUUUUGCAACAGAAUUGGUGGAAUGAAUACACCCCCUGAUCACCCACUCAGUCGGGCUUUCAAACCUACUCUUAAAAGUUGUAAUUGUAGAUUGCACAUGGUGCAAAUUCAACAUUGGAUAGUGCAUCAGCAGUUUUCCCUUUCAUGCCAGUCACUGCAUACCUUAGAUAACUAUUUAUAACUUGUCAGAAUGGUCCAGAUCAACUAGCCCAUGUCAGCUAACGUUUUUUUUAGCCCGUUUUGAUUAUUCCCCAAUGAUGGCCCAAGUGAAAAAGUUUAGGAACCACUGCCCUUGAGGGUGGAGUUGAGGCUUUUGUAGGCCUUCAUUGCAAAACCAAUGUGUUUUAAUCAGUUAUUUGUGGCGUGAAUAUAUUUAGUAUAGUUUUAUCUAUAAAGGAUAACUUUUUUUAAUGUUUCACUAUUUUUAUUGUUAUGCAAUUUACUGAGCAGGAUGGUCAUCCCCAGUGGUGUAAAAAUACUUUAAAGUACUGCUUAAGUAGUUUUUGUUGGGUAUCUGCACUUUGCUUUUUGUAUUUUUGACAACUUUUACUUCACUACAUUCCUAAAGAAAAUAAUGUAUUUUUUACUACAUACAUUUUCCCUGACACCCAAAAAUACUAGUUACAUUUUCAACCCUUAGCAGGACAGGAAGAUGGUCCAAUUCACGCACAUAUCAACAGAACAUCCCUGGUCAUCCCUACUGCCUCUGAUCUGGCGGACUCACUAAACACACAUGCUUUGUUUGUAAAUGAUGUCUGAGUGUUGGAGCGUGCCCCUGGCUAUCUGUAAAUAAAUUUUAAAAAAAAACAAGAAAAUGGUGCCGUUUGCUUAAUAUAAGGAAUUUUAAAUGAUUUAUACUUGUACUUUUGAUACUAUAUUUAAAACCAAAUAGUUUUAGACUUUUACUCAAGUAGUAUUUUACUGGGUGACGUUGACUUGAGUCAUUUUCUUUUAAGGUAUCUUUUACUUUUACUCAAGUAUGACAAUUGAGUACUUUUUUUUUCUCCCCUACCACUGGUCCUCCCCUUCCUCCUCUGAGGAGCCUCCACUGCCUGGAAGUAUUUUGAAAGCUGUGUGUGUCAGUUUCUCACGCCGCCUUCAAAGCCCUCUGGACUCCCAGACUGACUGAACCAGGACAGACAAAAGACCCUGCUACAGAGCCAGCUUGCCCCCCCGUCCCCCCCGUCCCCCCCGUCCCCCCCGUCCCCGUCCCCCCCCCGUCGCUGCCCCAGCCAGGCCUGCUCUUUCUGAAACCAAACAGCUUCUGCCAGCCGACGUGUGUACUUUCAUCACCGCUUGCCAAAGGAAACGUUUUAAACCCACCCUGAACCCCAGCUAGCUAGAAAGAGUAAGCUAUUUAAAGGUUCUGGUUGGUUCGGGAAAUUCAGGUACAAUUAUGGAAUUGGGUCUGUUUUUUGGUGGUAAGGUUAGGAUUUUUGUUUGGUUAAGGUUUUGUUUGGUUAAGGUUUUGUUUGGUUAAGGUUUUGUUUGGUUAAGGUUUUGUUUGAUUAGGGUUUUGUUUGGUUAAGGUUUUAUUUGAUUAGGGUUUUGUUUGGUUAAGGUUUUGUUUGAUUAGGGUUUUGUUUGAUUAGGGUUUUGUUUGGUUAAGGUUUUGUUUGGUUAAGGUUUUGUUUGGUUAAGGUUUUGUUUGGUUAAGGUUUUGUUUGGUUAAGGUUUUGUUUGAUUAGGGUUUUGUUUGAUUAGGGUUUUGUUUGGUUAAGGUUUUGUUUGAUUAGGGUUUUGUUUGGUUAAGGUUUUGUUUGAUUAGGGUUUUGUUUGGUUAGGGUUUUGUUUGGUUAAGGUUUUGUUUGGUUAAGGUUAGGACCUGUGUGACUCAGUUGGUAGAGCAUGGCACUUGCAACGCCAGGAUAGUGGGUUCAAUUCCCACGGGGGACCAGUACGAAAAUGUAUGCAAUCACUACUGGAUAAGAGCGUCUGCUAAAUGACUAAAAUUGAAAUGUAAAAUGGUUAGGGUUGAGGGUUACUGAGGAGGGAUAGCACUUUAUAUUUGAUUCCUGGACAUUUUGAAUGGGCUUGGAUGUUUUGAAAGAAAAUAAUUUUAAUAAGCAAAAGUCAAAGGAUCCUCUUCAUAGACAUAAUAUAAAGUUUGGUUUCUGCUCAGGUUAGGUUGCUAUUUAUUUGGCCUGUGUCCGAAGGGUAAGGUAAGCCACCAGUUUGAAAUCUGUAAUCCUUGGGUAAGCUCCAUGAAGCUCCAUUAUGAGCCUAAUACCACGGUCCAGUGGGUAUCAGGGAACUAGGUAGUACUGUGGUCUCUGUUUCAGACUGUAUUCUUCCAGUGGGUAUCAGGGAACUAGGUAGUACUGUGGUCUCUGUUUCAGACUGUAUUCUUCCAGUGGGUAUCAGGGAACUAGGUAGUACUGUGGUCUCUGUUUCAGACUGUAUUCUUCCAGUGGGUAUCAGGGACUAGUAGUACUGGUCUCUGUUUCAGACUGUAUUCUUCCGUGGGUAUCAGGGAACUAGGCUAGUACUGUGGUCUCUGGUUUCAGACUGUAUUCUUCCAGUGGGUAUCAGGGAACUAGGUAGUACUGUGGUCUCUGUUUCAGACUGUAUUCUUCCAGUGGGUAUCAGGGAACUAGCUAGUACUGUGGUCUCAGUUUCAGACUGUAUUCUUAAACUUUGCCCACUAAACACGACCGUGGUCUGAGACAGCUCUCUAGGCUGGAGGGGUAUCAGUGAAGCGGGCCUGUUAGUUCUAACCAGGGUGCUGUUCUUUAGAGGACACAAACGUUCUGCUACUGAAAAGGAAAACAAGUGUUUCGUAUUGGACGAGUUCAGUUAGUACCUCCCUGUUUUUUGUUCCGUUUCAGACCGUUAUCUUCAGUUUGAUGCUUAAUGAACACGACCGUGGCCUGUGAGCGAGAUCUCCCUACAGUUCCACUGACAGUGGCAGUGACUCAGUACCUGAACGCCAGCUAUAUAUUUAUGUGACAUUGAGUAGUGGGCGUGGCCCACCAGAUGCCUUCCUCUUGGCCGCAGACACAAAAUGUUGCAGUUUUAAAGCUAAUUUCCUGCAAUCCUACACCUUAUGCCGUGUUCUUAUGCUGUCUCAGUGACUCAAACAUUAUAACAAAAUCAACAAUGCCAUGACGUCGUUUGGAAUUUUACAUUGUCUAUUUUUUAUUUUAGUGAUUUGUUAGUUAUCAAAGAUGAUCUUAUUAAAAAAUAUAUGGCUCCUUUAUCUUUUCUACAAACUUUAUAUAUCUGGUUAUAGUUGUUUGAAUUUACACAGAAAAUGUUUUACCGUCCCACAUUUUUUUUUCUCUCUAAACAAUUGUAUUUAUUUAUUGUUUUUUAAAUUAUAUUUUUGGGAGUGCGACUGCGAUUUAGCAGUGGGGGAAACGUGUGUGUGUGUGUGUGUGUGUGUGUGUGUGUGUGUGUGUGUGUGUGUGUAACGAUGUUGUCCCUGUGUCCCCCGGUCAGGUCGCAUAAAGAAGGAGCACGCUGCCCUGUCCCGUAUCUCAGACGAGUCGUUAGAUCAGAUCCCCGAGGAAGAGGAGGAGCUUCCCGUGUUGAAGGAGCUACCGGGCGCCAAGGGGACGGACGACGCCGUGCUGCCGUUAACCGGUGGUACCGGGGGAGAGUCACGGAGAGGAGGAGAGUCCACCGGAGAGCUCAACAGCCUGGCCAAUGGAGGCACCGUCCUGCCCAACGGACGGGUCUACGGUCAGUUGGCCCGCUGAGCUAAACGCCUAGGCAUUAACUGCCGGGGAGCUAAUACAAGUCUUCAGGUUUCAGAUGUACGGUCAGUAUAGAGACAGGAGAGGCUGAGCCACUGGGUUUUCACCCAUGUCAUUUGGGGGUCCAUCACAAUCUUAGCUACUCAUCACACAAGAGUACUUUACCACCAAACCACCUCUGAUUUUAGACCAGACCAGAGCAGUUCUGUAAAGCUCAUUCCUCCUGCUACCCAGGCCAGACCCACUCCAUGACCUCUGCUAAACCUAGAUUUUAUAGUGAAGUAGAUUUAAUAUAGUGUGGUAGAUUUAAUAUAGUAUGGUAGUAUUUCUUAUUUAUUCCUCUGCUCCCCAGACCAGACCUCCAUACAUAUAGUAUAAUAGUAUUAGUUUAGUAUGUCUAUGAUACAUUUACUGUAAUAUAGGAUUAGUUAGUGUUGUAAAACUCACCCCCCUCCUCUCCUCCUCAGGGCGGACCCACUCCAUGACCAACGGCACCCUGUCCAUGUCCAAGUCCCCACUGUCCAAUGGCAGCUUCACCUUCGGCGGGGAACACAUGCGCAGCGACGGCCAGGUGUACCACACGGUCCACAAGGACUCCGGUCUCUACAAAGACCUGCUCCACAAGAUCCACCUGGGACGGAUGGAGGACGACCGCUCCGCCCCCACGCCAGACAACAACUACCGUCUGCUGCGCCGCAACAACAGCUACACCUGCUACACGGCUGCCAUCUGUGGCAUGCCGGUCCAGCCGCUGCUCCGCUCCGAGUCCCGGGAGGCCCGAGAGGACAGCGAGAAGCUGGUGGGUGAGGGGGAGAGGUCGGGGAGCGUGUCCUACACCAAGAAGAGGGUCCGUUACGAUAGCUACUCGUCGUACUGUAACGCCGUGGCGGAGGCCGAGAUCGAGGCGGAGGAGGGCGGCGUGGAGAUGAAGCUG